UUGGGUUCUCCUGACACGCCGAUCGGGACCCUGAGGAGCCAGUGGGCCGCAGGCGCAGGCGAGGAGCUGGGUGGCGGUUGAGACAGCGGAGGUACUGGGAGGCGUAGGUGAGGGUCGCGAAGCUGCCUAAGCUUCUGAGCGAGCGCGGUGCUUUUGGGAACGCGGGACGGGCGACCUGCGGCGCCAGGAGCUGGGCCGAGGCGCGGCGGCGCGGCUGCCGGCUGCCCUCUGAAUGGGAAGUUACGCGAAGUCCACCCAGCGUUUCUCAGGAAGAUGGCCAAUCUUUCCUAAGCUGCUGACCUUACAAGAAAAAGAAUCGUACUGCUAAGAAUUCAAACUUCAGCAGUCAUGGGGAGCCUUGGGAGGAGCCCGAAUCACGGAUGGAAUCGGACAGUGCAUGGAGAUGGUUCAGCAGGACAAGGUGCUGAAAACUCAUCCCUGUGUGACCUCAAGUAAGCCACGUAACUCUGUGAACCUGCAGUUUUAUCAUUUUUAAAAUAAAGAAACAUGACAGAUUUUCAUUAUGACACAGAAUGUCAGGUCUCCCAGAUGCCAGAAAAUACAUUUACUUAAAGCCGUUGAUACGUCUUAAAGCGGUUUCCUUACAGUGUCAUUGGAGGACAGCGUGGAGUGCAGAGAGACAUGCUUUGAAAUGGGAUUGAUCCAGUCCUCCUUCCUUCACUACCACAUGAAUGCUGGGCAGCCCAGGAUCACGCUCACUGCACCCUCAACUCAGGCAAGUCCAGCAGCCAAUCUUAGGAGACCUGGGCUACAGAACAGUCUCCCAAGUUCCAGGCUCACAAAACCUAGGUGGGGAUGAAAGCUCAGAAAGUGAGGAGGUGGUUCAGGGGAUCACUCUUUCCUACUCAUUCCUCUCAUCUCAAACUCACCUUCUACUGCAACACUGAGGAUCACCAACCAACCGUGACCAUAACCUUGAUCUUGCCAUGUUCUGUUAGUGGAAUGAAACCAAAAAUCAAUGGUGUUAGUCCAACCCAACGAAAUAGAUAUCAAACCACAUUCCAUAAGAACUGCUCAUGGCCCUGUUCUUUUCAGUAUAUGGGAAAACAAAAUGGAAACAACAAAAUAGCAUCAGGUUUAUGAAACUUCCCAAGAUAGAUGGUCACACGUUUUCAGGAGAUCUCUAUAUAAAUGAUUUUGGUCACUUGAUACCUUGAAAAGAGCUCUUGUGACACUAGAAUGACAUCCAUAAGUGACAAGUAUAAAAUGUAGCGCUCAGUGACAUCAAAAACCAAAUCAACCCACAUAGAGGAAGAGCUCUGGACAUAGGGAUGUCAAACUGGUGUAGAGUGUAAUGAAAAGCAAAGAUGGUGCCCCAGUGAGAAAAAAGAAAUCAACAUAACAAUGGGAAUCAGCAAGAAGAAUACUGAGACAGGAAAGACAACAUUUUUUACAAAUGAAUUAUUCAUUGACUUUCUAGUGGAUACAGACAAAACUGCAGAAGACCCAGAGGAAAUCAGGGCAGGCUCAAAGUUUGAUAUCUUACACUUGUGGAAAAGCCUUAAGAUCUGUUUUAACUUAGAGCAGGUGGGGUGACUUCAUGACUACCGUUAAGAAAAUAUAACCUGUUGGGAAACUGGUUCUGCCUGGAUGAUGUUGUACAGACAAGCGAUAAACAAUGAGGAAUGUGCUUAGAUGUAUUGGGAAAGAGAUGGGUCUGUGGCAUUGUCACCAGGGUACACGAAUACCGAGAGUGAAUUUUAGAGGAAUGAUCCCCAUUGGUGGUGACCCUCAGGUGAGACGAGGGUGCCUGUGUUUCAGCAAAGCCUGGGCAAUUGGAAUGCAGGGCUCCUAAGAUUCCAUGACACCCCCCAACUUGUAAGUUUGUUAUGGCAACUGCAGACCGUUACCUGGCACACUGGCCUCACUCUUGUCGGAGAUUGAGCUAUUGGCAGUGCCUUCAGCUCUGAGCUCAGGCACCUCGAACGUUGUUUUUGUCGUUAAGGAUCCUAAAGUGCUGCGGGGACUGAUCACAUUUUUCUCAACAUCCCUGGCCCCACCUCUUCUGCCACAAACGUCAGCAUGGUGGUAUCUGCCGGCCCUUGGUCCAGUCAGAAGUCAGAGAUGAACAUUCUAGAAAUCAACAAGAAAUCGCGCCCCCAGCUGGCAGAGAACAAACAGCAGUUCAGAAACCUCAAACAGAAAUGUCUUGUAACUCAACUGGCCUACUUCCUGGCCAAGGGGCAGAAUAAUUACGACUAUGAAGACUGCAAAGACCUCAUAAAAUCUAUGCUGAGGGAUGAGCGGCUGUUCACAGAAGAGAAGCUUGCAGAGGAGCUCGGGCAGGCUGAGGAGCUCAGGCAAUAUAAAGUCCUGGUUCACUCUCAGGAACGAGAGCUGACCCAGUUAAGGGAGAAGUUACGGGAAGGGAGAGAUGCCUCCCGCUCAUUGAAUCAGCAUCUCCAGGCCCUCCUCACUCCGGAUGAGCCGGACAACUCCCAUGGGCGGGACCUCCGAGAACAGCUGGCUGAGGGAUGUAGGCUGGCACAGCACCUCGUCCAAAAGCUCAGCCCAGAAAAUGACGAAGAUGAGGAUGAAGAUGUUAAAGUUGAGGAGGCUGAGAAAGUACAGGAAUUAUGUGCCCCCAGGGAGGUGCAGAAGGCUGAAGAAAAAUCAGUCCCUGAGGACUCACUGGAGGAAUGUGUCGUCACUUGUUCAAAUAGCCACGGCCCUUGUGAGUCCAGCCAGCCUCACGGGAACAGCAAAAUCACAUUUGAGGAAGACCAAGUCGACUCAACUCUAGUUGUAGACAGUGAAUCCUCUGAUGAUGAAUGGCAGGAUGCUCGAAACCUUCUCCCAGUCCCCGGCCCCACCUCUUCUGCCACAAACGUCAGCAUGGUGGUAUCUGCCGGCCCUUGGUCCAGUCAGAAGACAGAGAUGAACAUUCUAGAAAUCAACAAGAAAUCGCGCCCCCAGCUGGCAGAGAACAAACAGCAGUUCAGAAACCUCAAACAGAAAUGUCUUGUAACUCAACUGGCCUACUUCCUGGCCAAGGGGCAGAAUAAUUACGACUAUGAAGACUGCAAAGACCUCAUAAAAUCUAUGCUGAGGGAUGAGCGGCUGUUCACAGAAGAGAAGCUUGCAGAGGAGCUCGGGCAGGCUGAGGAGCUCAGGCAAUAUAAAGUCCUGGUUCACUCUCAGGAACGAGAGCUGACCCAGUUAAGGGAGAAGUUACGGGAAGGGAGAGAUGCCUCCCGCUCGUUGAAUCAGCAUCUCCAGGCCCUCCUCACUCCGGAUGAGCCGGACAACUCCCAUGGGCGGGACCUCCGAGAACAGCUGGCUGAGGGAUGUAGGCUGGCACAGCACCUCGUCCAAAAGCUCAGCCCAGAAAAUGACGAAGAUGAGGAUGAAGAUGUUAAAGUUGAGGAGGCUGAGAAAGUACAGGAAUUAUGUGCCCCCAGGGAGGUGCAGAAGGCUGAAGAAAAAUCAGUCCCUGAGGACUCACUGGAGGAAUGUGUCGUCACUUGUUCAAAUAGCCACGGCCCUUGUGAGUCCAGCCAGCCUCACGGGAACAGCAAAAUCACAUUUGAGGAAGACCAAGUCGACUCAACUCUAGUUGUAGACAGUGAAUCCUCUGAUGAUGAAUGGCAGGAUGCUCGAAACCUUCUCCCAGUCCCCGGCCCCACCUCUUCUGCCACAAACGUCAGCAUGGUGGUAUCUGCCGGCCCUUGGUCCAGUCAGAAGACAGAGAUGAACAUUCUAGAAAUCAACAAGAAAUCGCGCCCCCAGCUGGCAGAGAACAAACAGCAGUUCAGAAACCUCAAACAGAAAUGUCUUGUAACUCAACUGGCCUACUUCCUGGCCAAGGGGCAGAAUAAUUACGACUAUGAAGACUGCAAAGACCUCAUAAAAUCUAUGCUGAGGGAUGAGCGGCUGUUCACAGAAGAGAAGCUUGCAGAGGAGCUCGGGCAGGCUGAGGAGCUCAGGCAAUAUAAAGUCCUGGUUCACUCUCAGGAACGAGAGCUGACCCAGUUAAGGGAGAAGUUACGGGAAGGGAGAGAUGCCUCCCGCUCAUUGAAUCAGCAUCUCCAGGCCCUCCUCACUCCGGAUGAGCCGGACAACUCCCAUGGGCGGGACCUCCGAGAACAGCUGGCUGAGGGAUGUAGGCUGGCACAGCACCUCGUCCAAAAGCUCAGCCCAGAAAAUGACGAAGAUGAGGAUGAAGAUGUUAAAGUUGAGGAGGCUGAGAAAGUACAGGAAUUAUGUGCCCCCAGGGAGGUGCAGAAGGCUGAAGAAAAGGAAGUCCCUGAGGACUCACUGGAGGAGUGUGCCAUCACUUGUUCAAAUAGCCACCACCCUUGUGAGUCCAACCAGCCUUACGGGAACACCAGAAUCACAUUUGAGGAAGACCAAGUCGACUCAACUCUCAUUGACUCAUCCUCUCAUGAUGAAUGGUUGGAUGUUGUAUGCAUUAUCCCAGAAAAUGAAAGUGAUCAUGAGCAAGAGGAAGAAAAAGGGCCAGUGUCUCCCAGUUUUCCUUUUAACAGUGAGGUCCCUCAGCUGCAGGUCUGGUGGAGUUUGCUGGAGGUCCACUCCAGACCUUCAAACAGUCCUGCCUGGCUCAUCAGGAAUCUGCAGGAGUCUGAAGAGGAGGAAGCCCCCCAGGAGUCCUGGGAUGAAGGUGAUUGGACUCUCUCAAUUCCUCCUGACAUGUCUGCCUCAUACCAGUCUGACAGGAGCACCUUUCACUCAGUAGAGGAACAGCAAGUCGGCUUGGCUCUUGACAUAGGCAGACAUUGGUAUGAUCAAGUGAAAAAGGAGGACCAAGAGGCCACAAGUCCCAGGCUCAGCAGGGAGCUGCUGGAUGAGAAAGAGCCUGAAGUCUUGCAGGACUCACUGGAUAGAUUUUAUUCAACUCCCUUUGGGUACCUGGAACUGCCUGACUUAUGCCAGCCCUACAGAAGUGACUUUUACUCAUUGCAGGAACAACACCUUGGCUUGGCUUUUGACGUGGACAGAAUUAAAAAGGACCAAGAAGAGGAAGAAGACCAAGGCCCACCAUGCCCCAGGCUCAGCAGAGAGCUGCCAGAGGUAGUAGAGCCUGAGGACUUGCAGGACUCACUGGAUAGAGGUUAUUCGACUCCUUUCAGUUAUGUAGAACUGCCUGAUUCAUGCCAGCCCUACGGAAGUUGCUUUUACUCAUUGGAGGAAGAACACGUUGGCUUUUCUCUUGACGUGGAUGAAAUUGAAAAGUACCAAGAAGGGGAAGAAGAUCAAAACCCACCAUGCCCCAGGCUCAACGAGGUGCUGAUGGAAGCAGAAGAGCCUGAAGUCUUGCAGGACUCUCUGGAUAGAUGUUAUUCCACUACUUCAACUUACUUUCAACUACAUGCCUCAUUCCAGCAGUACAGAAGUGCCUUUUACUCAUUUGAGGAACAGGACGUCAGCUUGGCCCUUGACGUGGAGAAUAGGUUUUUUACUUUGACAGUGAUAAGGCACCACCUGGCCUUCCAGAUGGGAGUCAUAUUCCCACACUAAGCAGCCCUUACUAAGCUGAGAGAUGUCAUUGCUGCAGGCAGGACCUAUAGGCACAUGUAAUUUUGAAUGAAACUGUAGUUCCCUUUGGAAGCCCAGUGAUAGGAUGGGAAAGUGGGCAUGGCUCUAUUCCUAUUCUCAGACCAUGCCAGUGGCCACCUGUGCUCAGUCUGGAGACAUUGGACCCAAGUUAGGUGUGACGCGUUCACACGACUAUGUAGCACAUGCCGGGAGUGAUCUGCCAGACAUUCUAAUUUGAACCAGAUGUCUCUGGGUAGCUACAAAGUUCCUCAGGGGUUUCAUUUUGCAGGCAUGUCUCUGAGCUUCUAUACCUGCUCAAGGUCAGUGUCAUCUUUGUGUUUAGCUCAUCCAAAGGUGUUACCCUGGUUUCAUUGAACCUAACCCCAUUCUUUGUAUCUUCAGUGUUGGUUUGUUUUAGCUGAUCCAUCUGUAACACAGGAGGGAUCGUUGGCUGAGGAUUGUAUUUCAGAACCACUGACUGCUCUUGACAGUUGUUAACCCACUAGGCUCCUUUGAGUAGAGAAGCCACAGUCCUUCAGCCUCCAAUUGAUAUCAAUACUUAGGAAGACCACAGCUAGAUGGACAAACAGCAUUGAGAGGCCUUAGCCCUGCUCCUUUCAAUUCCAUCCUGUAAAGAACAGGAGUCAGGAGCCGCUGGCAAGAGACAGCAUGUCACCUGGGACUCUGCCGGUGCAGAAUAUGAACAAUGCCAUGUUCUUGCAGAAAACGCUUAGCCUGAGUUUCAUAGGAGGUAAUCACCAGACAACUGCAGAAUGUAGAACACUGAGCAGGACAACUGACCUGUCUCCUUCACACAGUCCACGUCACCACGAAUCACACAACAAAAAGGAGGAGAGAUAUUUUGGGUUCAGAAGAAGUAAAUGAUAAUGUAGCUACAUUUCUUUAGUUAUUUUGAACCCCAAAUAUUUCCUCAUCUUUUUGUUGUUGUCAUUGAUUGUGGUGACAUGGACUUAUUUGUAGAAGACAGGUCAGCUGUCUGGCUCAAUGGUCUACAUUCUGAAGUUGUCUGAAAAUGUCUUCAUGAUUAAAUUCAGCCUAAACAUUUCAUCAAGAACACUACAGAGUCGAUACUGUGAGUUUCCAACCUCGGCCCAUCCAUGGGCAGAGAAGGUCUAGUUUGUCCAUCAGCAUUAUCAUGAUAUCAGGACUGGUUACUUGGUUAAGGAGGGGUCUAGGAGAUCUGUCCCUUUUAGAGACACCUUACUUAUGAUGAAGUAUUUGGGAGAGUGGUUUUUAAAAGUAGAAAUGUCCUGUAUUCCAAUGAUCAUCGUCUAAACAUUUUAUCAUUUAUUAAUCAUCCCUGCCUGUGUCUAUUAUUAUAUUCAUAUCUCUACACUGGAAAUUUUCUGCCUCAAUGUUUACUGUGCCUUUGUUUUUGCUAGUGUGUGUUGUUGAAAAAAAACAUUCUCUGCCUGAGUUUUAAUUUUUGUCCAAAGUUAUUUUAAUCUAUACAAUUAAAAACUUUUGCCUAUCA